AUGGCCUCACAGAGGGCUGUGCGGCUGUCCCUGAAGAAGCCCACCCAUGCAGUGUGUGUGGUGGGAGUCAAGACAUAUGUGGAUGUUCGCAGCGAUAUACCCAAGGAAGCCAAGACCUUCAGGGUCUCUGGAAGCCCCGGAGUAGAGAUCUUCAUUGCCCACGACCCAGCACGGGUGAUAGAGCCCACAUAUAAGGACCACUGGCCCCUGGACUCCAAUGUGGACGUGACUGUAUCCGUGGACACUGCCAGUAAGGCCUUAAGUGAUCUCAAGGUGAAGGUCUCCUACUUUGGGGAGUACGAGGACCAUGCCCUGGGCCACAGUGUGCUCUUCCUCACUGGCGUCGACAUCUCCCUCGAUGUUGAUACAGGCCGCAAGGGCAAGGCAAAGAGGAGCCAAGUUGACAAGAAAACCUGGCGCUGGGGCCCUGAGGGCUAUGGGGCUGUCCUGCUGGUGAACUGUGACCGGGACAGUCUUAGCUCCAGCGGGCCUGACCUUGCCAACCGCCAGCUGAUGUCACUGGAUGACCUGAAGGACAUGUCCCCAAUGGUGCUGACCUGUGAUGGCCCCGACAAGCUCUUUCACAGCCACAAGCUGGUGUUGAAUGUGCCAUUCUCUGAUUGCAAACGAGUGGGCGUCUUCUGCGCUCGGGGUGGGAAUUCCCUCUCAAGCUACAAACAGGUGCUGGGACCCCAGCAUCUGACCUACGAAGUCGAGCGGCAGCCAGGGGAGCAGAAGAUCAGCUUCUAUGUGGAGGGACUCACCUUCCCCAACUCUGAUUUCUUGGGGCUGGUCUCUCUCAGCGUCAGCCUGGUGGACACGGGGACCCUGCCCGAGGUACCCAUCUUCACAGACACUGUGGCCUUCCGCAUGGCCCCCUGGAUCAUGACCCCCAACACCCAGCCCCCUCUGGAGCUGUAUGUGUGCAGCGUGAUAGACCCUCACGGCUCGAAUGAGAAAUUUCUGAAGGACAUGUCUGACCUGGCACUGAAAGCCAACUGCAAGCUGAUCAUCUGCCCUUGGACUGAAAAUCGAAAUGACCGCUGGAUCCAGGACGAGAUGGAAUUUGGCUACGUGGAGGCGCCUCACAAAUCCUUCCCAGUGGUCUUUGACUCCCCCCGAGACAGAGGCCUGAAGGAUUUCCCCUUCAAGAGGAUCCUGGGUCCUGACUUUGGAUACGUAACCCAGAAAAUCCCGUUGGCUGGCCCCUCCGGCCUCGACUCCUUCGGCAACCUGGACGCCAGCCCGCCCGUGACUGUGGGCAGCAAGGAGUACCCCCUGGGCCGGAUCCUCAUUGGCAGCAGCUUUCCCAAGUCAGGUGGGCGGCGAAUGGCCAAGGUGGUGCGGGACUUCCUGAAAGCCCAGCAGGUGCAGGCGCCUGUGGAGCUCUACUCAGAUUGGCUCUCCGUGGGCCAUGUGGACGAAUUCCUGACCUUUGUGCCCACCUCCGACAGAAAGGGCUUCCGGCUGCUCCUGGCGAGCCCCAGCGUUUGCCUUAAACUGUUCCAAGAGAAGAAAGACGAGGGCCACGGGGAGGCGGCCCAGUUUGAUGGGUUAAAGGACCAGGUGGCGAGAAGCAUUAAUGAAAUGCUGGCAGACAGGAGCCUCCAGAGCGACAGUGCCUUUGUACAGAAAUGCAUCGACUGGAACCGGGAGGUGCUGAAGCGGGAGUUGGGCCUGACGGAGAGGGACAUCGUGGACAUCCCCCAGCUCUUCCACCUAAAGGGCUCCUACGCAGAAGCCUUCUUCCCGGACAUGGUCAACAUGGUGGUCCUAGGCAAGUACCUGGGCAUCCCCAAGCCCUUCGGGCCCAUCAUCAACGGCCGCUGCUGCCUGGAGGAGAAGGUGCGGUCCCUGCUGGAGCCGCUGGGCCUCCACUGCACCUUCAUCGACGACUACUUGUCCUACCACAAGCUGCUCGGGGAGAUCCACUGCGGGACCAACGUGCGCCGGCAGCCCUUCUCCUUCAAGUGGUGGCGCAUGGUGCCCUGA